CAUGCGAUUGGCCCACGGACUUCCGUAUGUUUUAGCAAGAGAAGCAUGGCAGCUGAUCCGUGGAACAGAGUAAACAUUCCAUUUCCUAGUGCCGUUUCCAUUGUCAGUGUACAGUUUACCACAUCGACAGUGGACACCAUUAAAGCCCUGUGUAUGGAAAACGACAAGGUUCUGCAACUUCUACGGAGUGAGAUUUUCCAGACGGAGGUUCGAGUUCUCUACGAGCUGAUGUACAUCCUCAACAACAGCUACAGGGGAAACAAGACCCUCAAGGGCUUACAGCAGGUUGAACAGUGCAUUAACAGACUGAAGCUCAUGAAGCUUGAUGGAGCCCUUCAGGAGCUGGCAGAUCUGUGUCCAAAUAAGUUGCAAAGAACACUGAGCAUCAAGAGGGGCCACGGUGAUGUUCCGAGCCAACCCAUGCUGGAAUGGACCUGUCUCAAGGUCCUGGGAGCUGCUCAGCUGCUGAGCUGCUCACUUACUCGGUGCAGCAGAGCUUUUAUAGUUUCAAAGCAGCAGAUGAAGUGGGAGGAGUUUCUCAUCCUGAAUAUGGUUAUAACCAGCAUGCUCAGUCGUCUGUGGGUGAUUCUUCGGGGUGUGCUGGUCAGCCUCUCCGCUCUGUACCUUCAGCUGCUGGAGCUCCUGGGAGAAGUGGCCCUGUCCCAGCCCAUGCCCUACCUCACCGAUGUCUCCCUACCAGCAGAUAUGACUCAGUUCCUGGGUCCAUCGUAUGCAAGCAUACUGAAAAGACACCCAGCAUACAGUUCCAGUGCCAAACACCUGAAGAUAAAGGGGCACAGAGGGAAGAUGGCUUCAGUUAAACCUAUCCACAAGAAACAGAGAGGGAAGGCUAAAGAAGACCUGGGUGUCUCUGUAGAAAGAAGUUUUCCUAUGGAGACAGAUAUCAGGCCCCCUUUUAACAUUUUUAAGAAGGUUGAAUCUAUCCUGGGAGAAUCACACAGAAGUGGCGAGAGACAAAAAUUCAAGAAACAAGUGAGAGAAGCUCAAACAUUCUCAUGCAUGUCGGACCGUCUAGAGGAAAUAAUUGUGUGGUGCCGAGCCCAGAGGAUGGGAAAGGAGAAAGGCCUUCUGACCUUCCUGCGUUUAAAGUGCCAGAAGAUGAAAUCCCUGGAGGCUGCUGGAUACAACAUCCAGAAGAAACUGCAGUCCUUCAGACGGGAAAUUUUCUGGGUUUUAUCUCCUAAAGGAUCAACACCAAAGAUAUUUCGUCCCCCCAUAUCCCCGAGGAGAAAUGGUCGCCUGAAGAGUCGCUUACAAACACUGAAGAGACGGUUUGCGUCUUCUAAAGUCAGGACUGGUGUUAAAAAGAAGGGACUGGAGGGAAAACGGAAGAAAACUGAACUGACAGUUGCUGGACUUUCAAAGGAUUGCCAGGAAAGAAGAAGUACGCUCAGCGGGAAAUUUCAGAUAUCUGACAGCGAUGACGACAUUGAUGAUAUAUUUGCCUCUGUGGGCUUGUGAUACCUUCACCAAAACUCUGUCUUAGUCAUACUAAGAAAAGAUGUGAAUCUCUCUUUUGAUUUAAUGUUAAGUUUUUUAGAACUUCUGCACAAGGAACAGCAGGAAUGUUAGCUGAUGUAUUGACUGACAUCAGCCAAAGACAACAGACCGCUUGUGGCAAAAUAAAAACAAUGAACAAAGGCAGGAUUAAAGGUCAGAUUGACUCUUGGUAGUCUCUCAAAAUGGCACCAUCUGUUUUGGAUGUUGCCAUGUUAACUCUUAAGGUCAGAUCUCAUUUCAGUUAUUAUUUCCCAUCAGCAACUGUGGUGUUUUCUCAUUUGCAUGAAUAAACUGAAUGGUUUAAAUAGCUCGUUUGAAUGGCAGAUGAGCUGGUUUUUAAGUUUCAGACUUGAUAUAGAGCCAAGCAUCUGCAGGGAUUGAUUGCUCCUUGGAUAAAAUGCCACCAAGUAAGCUUCCUUAUUAUUAUUUCUGGCACCAUCUAGUGGUACUGAUGCUCUAACAAGCAUUGGCCUGAACUCAUUCAUUAUUAGUUCCAGGUUGCUCAUUGAUCUUUAAGAAUGUAGAGCAAGCCCCAAACCUGUUAAUGGAUAUAUGUGGCACAAUACAAUGUUGAUGUCAGGCAUUUUAUCUAGAGCGGAAUUGGUGUUCCUGCAGAAACAAAAAGCAGAUGUGAAUUUGGCUGCAGUAGCAUGUGUUGGUAGACAUCAGCUCUUUGGGAGUUUUUAGGAAGUGCGUUGACAUUGAAGCCUUUAAUGUAUGAGACAGAACUAACUGUGACUGCUGAGAGAAGGAAGUUCAAGAGUGCUUCACUGGUAGUUCUGUUUUCCAUCGUUUCAGUUGUCAUAACAUAGAACAUCUCCACUGCUUGAUUAGUUUGAGUCCUCAGAUAUUUUUGUAAACUAGUCUGGAUGAACGGUCUCCCCUUUUCUGGAGCUCACUGUAUUACGUAAAACAUAGUGAUUACAAUAUAAAUACUGAAGAAGUAGAGAACUUCCCAUAUUCUGGAUAUGAGUAAUACUGCAACAGCUUCCUGUUUGUCUAUGUGCCUUUUCAGCUGCCUUCCUGAUUACCACGCAUUGCCAUUUGGCCAGCGAAGCAAACUGUAAGGGUAAUGGUUACGUGCCAUUCUGUCUAUUCCUGUAAGCCAAUAAACAAUUAAUAGCCCAUAGUUUCUACUAGGCAGUCUUUCAUUGGCACAUGGUUGAGCUCA